UCGCAUGGGACCGAUUCCUCUUUAUGCAGAAAAUGCUAUAGGAGAGAGACGACGAGGCCUUGGUGGAUAUUUGUAUGUCGUAUGCAUGAAUCCCGAGUGUGGUGAAGUUAACAUGGUACCAUAUGGGAAGACGCAUCGACAGAAAGAUAAAAGAACAGGGAUGCCAUGUUUUGUUGUGAAUACUAAAUUAGGCACAGCUAUGACAGACAGUCUUGGAGGGCCAGAUCGAGUCAAUAACCUCCUGUCUACGCUGAACAUAACAACAGUGAACAAUAAGACAUUAAUGGCUAUGGAGCGGCGUGCAGGAGAAAAUGUAGAAAGUAUAGCCCAGUUAACCACGAAGAAAGCAGCUGAUGAAGCUUAUCACGUGGAAAUGGGUGAAGUGGCUAAUGCAGAGUCCAGUGAAGCCUCCCAAACUAUGGAAAUAUUGGAUGAUCUGGGAGUUUGA